AUGACCGACGGCCACAGUGCCCCUCCAGCCGAUGCUCCGGCACCAGCGGCAGCGGCAGACUGUGCUGCUGCACCAGUCCCUGCCGAUGUACGCUCGCACGCCGCCCCUCAUUGCGCGGCACCGACCCAUGAGAAGGAGCAGGACUCCUCCGUUGGACGUAUAACUCCUCGGCCAACAUUCUUGGAACAUCUAGCUACUUCGCGAGACUCGCAAUUUCAGCUUGAUCGACGGGAUUCGAGUGAAUUAGAGCGAUACUUUCAUGGCCCCCGGAACAUGGACAAACACUCCAAGUGGCCCAUCAUGCUGCGAAUGCAUGGUAGUAUCAUGCCGAAAAUGAUCAUGCCGAUUUUCACUAUCGCUAUUUGGUCGACCGCUGUUACUGUCUUUUCAAAUCAGGUCCAUAACCUUGGUAUCAACAACAUUCUGCUCACCGUGCUGGGUUUCGUGGUGGGUUUGGCUUUGUCAUUCCGCAGCUCAACUGCAUAUGAGAGAUGGGCAGACGGGCGCAAAUACUGGGCCCAGCUCAUUCAGACAUCUCGCAACCUCUCUCGUACAAUUUGGAUCAAUACCGGCGAGAGAGAGGGCGAAGACGGAAAAGAAGACAUCUUGAGAAAACUCUCUGCGCUGAACCUCAUUUUGGCCUUUGCCGUCGCCCUUAAACACAAGCUGCGCUUCGAACCCGACAUUGCAUACGAAGAUCUGGCUGGUCUUGCUGGACACCUUGACACUUUCGCCCGUGACGCCCACGACCGCAAUGUCGUCAAUCCUCCGCCUAAAUCUUUUUGGAAGUCCACAGGAGAGUACCUUGGUGUGUCAUUUGCCGAGUCAAACCCUCGGAAGUACAUCAAGCGGUCAAAGAAGCCUCUUGGACAUUUGCCCCUGGAGAUUCUUAACCAUCUUUCCGCAUAUAUCGAUUCAUGUGUAGCCAAUGGUACUUUGGCGUCAACUCUGCACCAGGGACAAGCCAUCACCAUGAUGUCUACCUUGAAUGAGGUUUUGACCGGCACAGAACGUGUACUGGAUACCCCCUUGCCCACUGCAUACAGUAUUGCCAUUGCUCAAAUUGCAUGGAUCUACAUCCUGGUACUUCCAUUCCAGCUCUACAAUGCCUUGACGUGGAUCACCAUCCCAGCAUCAAUUGUGGCUGGCUAUAUCAUCCUCGGCUUGGCUACAAUCGGUAGUGAAAUUGAGAACCCCUUCGGUCAUGAUGUUAAUGAUCUUCCACUUGACACCUACUGCCGACAGAUCGCCGUGGAAAUGGAUAUCAUGACUGCCGUUCCUCGACCAAACGUCAAUGACUUCAUGUCGCGCGCUGAAAACCUUGUUUUAUUCCCCCUUAGCCAGUUGGGAUACCCUGACUGGAAAGAGCGGACCGUCGAGGAUAUUCGUGGUGCACUCAGAACCAAGAUGGUUGCCAGUCCGUCAGUCACGGCUUCAGAUACAUCAACAAUUGUGGAAAACAUCCGCCCCAAAACCACUGGAUCAUCGGUUUGA